CAGUCGGAGCAGCAGCUGAAGCGGCAAACAAAGACAAGGAGCACAGCGCGAUCCUGCAGCAUCCACGCCCACCCACACACACUCACACAGCAGCAGCAGCUCACUGUACUACUGACCCAUAAUUCCUCAAUACAAGACUUCCUUCACCACCACAAUGGAUGCCCCGUCUGAACAUGCUGCCAUGGAGCUGGACUUCGGCCAUUUUGAUGAGCGGGAUAAGGCAUCUCGUACUCCGCGAGGUGGACGGGCCAACGGUCUCCCCAGCCCCACCCACAGCGCUCACUGCAGUUUUUACCGUACACGUACCCUCCAGGCUCUGACCAGUGAGAAAAAGGCUAAGAAGGUGCGAUUCUACCGCAAUGGCGACCGCUACUUCAAGGGCAUUGUGUAUGCAGUGGCCAAUGACCGUUUCCGCACAUUUGACGCUCUACUGGCUGACUUAACCCGAUCUCUCUCUGACCAUAUCAAUCUGCCACAAGGGGUCAGAUUCAUCUUUACAAUCGAUGGAUCACAGAAGAUUAGCAGUCUGGAUGAGCUAGAGGAAGGUGAGAGCUAUGUUUGUGCCUCUGAGAACUUCUACAAGAAAGUGGACUACACCAAAAAUGUGAACCCCAACUGGUCAGUCAAUGUGAAAGCAUCAGCUAGCCAGAAGAACAUGCUGGCAAACCGCACAGCCAGUGAUCCAAAGGAGAACAAGGACUUUGUGCGACCGAAGCUGGUGACAGUGAUGAGGAGCGGGGUGAAGCCGCGGAAGGCCGUCCGUGUGCUACUCAAUAAGAAGACAGCACACUCUUUUGAGCAGGUGCUCACUGACAUCACAGAGGCCAUUAAACUCGAGAGUGGAGCAGUGAAAAGGAUCUACACACUGGAUGGCAAACAGGUCACUUGCUUGCAAGAUUUCUUUGGUGAUGACGAUGUUUUCAUUGCCUGUGGACCAGAAAAAUUUCGCUAUGCACAGGAUGACUUCUCCCUGGAUGAAAACGAGUGUCGGGUGAUGAAGACCCCCAAAGGACAGAGAGGCUCUACUAAGAGUCCCGGUCCCGUGCGACGCAGCAAGUCUCCGGCUGAUUCCACUAAUGGAACAGGCUCCAGUAGUCAGCUCUCUACUCCCAUCUCUAAGCAAUCACCAAUCUCUACUCCGACUAGCCCCGGCAACACUCGCAAACAGAAGGAUUUAUUCUUGCCUCUGUCUCUGGAAGAUGAUGAUUCACAGGGGGAGUCCAUGUAGACUCUUUCCACUUUCCAUAUGUCAAUCAACAUGCCAAUCACAGAGGUAUCUCUGGUGCAAUCUGUCUUGAAAACAUCAACAUCACCGCCCCAGUGACCAGGGUGAACACAUCACCUCUUCUGCUCCUUGGCCAUCAGGCUUUAGACCUCAAGGGUUUGCAGUGAUGGUCAGUGUACUAUUUGCUGCUUGAGAAUUUGUUAUAUCCAUUUUCGUUUUUUUUUAUAAUAGAUUUGUAGUGACUGGUGAAAAAUGGCAUAUGCGGGGCAUAUGCUGCAGUUUGUAUUAUAACAACAAACACCUAAAUUUGUAA